CGAACAUGUUGCUGCUGUGAACCGACGGUGUCUGUUGACCUGAAGGACACAGCGAGGCUGAACCCUGGGUGGGGCUGGCCACUCGUCGGCCUGCUGCGUGCACGUGAAACACAACUAAAAGCACAGAAACACACGCACAGCGCCGUUGAAACCCAGAUCCGAUGGUUGUGUGUUAUAAAGCAGCCCGGCGCACAGAGAGCUAACACACAGAGACACGCAGUCCCCGCAGUGAUCUGAGCCCCGUGUGUGUCUGUGUGAGUGUGAGGAUCGACAUAUACUCAAUGCAUCGAUCGUGUGACAGAUGGGCCAUUGUGUGAGAGCUACGACUCGACACUAAACAUGACCUCCAGCGUCACACGUAGAGAGCGGAGCGUGCGGGUGGGAGUUGUCUGCUGGAAACGCAUUGUUGUGUUGGGGGAUGAACCGUCCGUAGAGCCGCUGCUGCUGCUGCUAUCCGGUCGACCGCGGCUAGCGAGUGGCUGUAGCCCCUGAAUGGUCCGCGAAGCAGCCCGCCGUGCAGUCACUCUCAGCGGGAACCCACAGGCACCACAAAGGCCCAUUUCUCUGUUUGCUAGCAGCGGUGAAGUCCCCCAGCUCCACCCGUUGGAUGAGAACACUGUGUGCGGGUACAGAGCCACUUAGCAGGCCCUCUCCCCUCUGCUUUGUACGGCUGCUGGCUAGCUCCCCUCCUCCUCGGCUAGCAAAACUGUUCGUGCACCCGAGCAACACGGAGCGUCAAGAUGAAGAAGAAAGCUCGGCAGCACCGGGUUGCGGUGCCGCAGAGGCCAUCGUCUCCCAUCAUGCCUUCCCCCAACAAGCAGAUCCUGACUUACGCCCAGGCGCAACGCAUAGUGGAGUUUGACAUUGAUGGCCGUCUCCAUCGCCUCAGCAUCUAUGACAGGCUUGACGUGAUCUCGGAUGAGGACCCCAUGGCGCAGGAAAUGAUGGAGUGCACCAGUAAUAAAGAGAAUGCUGAGAAACCACAGCAAGUCCUCCUGAGGUCAGUUAGAUUAAAAAACAACCAGGAGAAGAGAAACGCUGCACUGGGCAUCACUAGUCAUGGAGAAGGGGCUGGGCAACAGGCCAGCGCUAAUGCUGGCCCAAAGCUUCCCGAGCCGAAGUUCCGUACAGUGGAAUAUAACCUUCCAGCAGUUCCUAAGCGUCAAGCCACGUUUUAUAAAUACAUAGAGAAAACCGAGGAAGAGUUAGAUGAGGAAACAGAGUAUGACAUGGAUGAGGAAGAUUACGCGUGGCUAGAGUUGGUGAAUGAUAAACGGCGAAGCGAGGGAGUCAGUCAGGUCUCCCACAAUGUCUUUGAGUUCCUUGUUGACCGCUUUGAGAAAGAACUGCACCUGGAGAGCCUGGAUCAAGGCAGUGAAAAGCAAGCCGCCAUCGACGAGGACGCUGUCUGCUGCAUCUGCAUGGACGGCGAGUGUCACAACAGCAACGCUAUUUUAUUUUGUGAUAUGUGCAACGUUGCUGUGCACCAGGAAUGUUAUGGCGUGCCCUACAUUCCCGAGGGCCAGUGGCUGUGCAGACACUGCCUCCAGUCACCCACUCGGGCGGCAGACUGCAUCCUUUGCCCCAACCAGGGUGGAGCGGUGAAGAAGACGGACGACGACCGCUGGGGCCACGUGGUGUGCGCCCUCUGGGUCCCAGAGGUCGGCUUCUCCAACACCACCUUCAUCGAGCCCAUCGACGGUGUCAGCCACAUUCCUCCGGCCCGCUGGAAGCUCACCUGCUACCUCUGCAAGGAGAGAGGUGUCGGGGCAUGCAUCCAGUGCCACAAGGCCAACUGUUACACUGCCUUCCAUGUCAGCUGUGCCCAAAAGGCUGGCCUCUUUAUGAAGAUGGAACCCAUCAAAGAGGUGACAGAAACAGGGGAGCCUACGUUCUCUGUGAAGAAAACAGCCUACUGUGGCGCUCACACACCUAGUGGGUGUGUGAGGAGGCCGCUUACAAUCUAUGAUGAUGCCAAACCCAAAAAUGGACUAUGUAGGAAAAUGGACAAAGGGAGAGCCGCUGGUAAAAGGCAUUCAAAAGGAAAGAAAAAGAGUAAGAGUAAAAAGCCUGAGCCUGAAGUUGAAAGUGAAGCUGCAAUGCCUGCUACUGUGCCUACUUUUCCUGCUCACAGGUUACAAACAAUUCUGAACCAGGUGUCAGUCCAGAAGAAGAAAGCUUUUGUGGAGCUGGUCCUAAAUUACUGGACACUGAAGAGGCAAUCUAGGAAUGGGCUUCCUCUCCUGAGACGCCUUCAGACAAGCCUGCAGUCCCAGAAGAAUGCACAACCGGUUUGUUCAUCUAAGCAGAAUGAGGAGGAGAGCAGGACAUUAAAAGACCAGCUGAAGGAAUGGCAUCGUCUCAGACACGACCUGGAGAGGGCCCGGCUGCUGCUGGAGUUAAUCCGCAAGCGGGAGAAGCUCAAGAGGGAAGAGAUGAAGCUGCAGGAGACUCUCCUGGAGAUGCAGCUCACUCCCUUCAGUAUUUUGCUCAGAGCUCUGUUGGACCAGCUUCAAGCUAAAGACCAGGCCAAGAUCUUCGCCCAGCCAGUGGAUCUUACUGAGGUGCCCGACUACCUCGACCACAUCAAGCACCCAAUGGACUUCUCCAACAUACGGCAGCGCAUUGACGCCCAGGCCUACAACAACUUCCAGCAGUUCGAAAGCGACUUCAAUCUCAUAAUUGAAAACUGCAUGAAGUAUAACUCAAAGGACACCUAUUUCUAUCGGGCCGCUGUUCGUCUCCGAGAUCUGGGCGGGGCCCUGCUCAGAAAGGCGCGUCGUGAUGUGGAGAAAAUCGGCUUUGACGCGGAGAGCGGCAUGCAUCUAGCAGAUGCUCCGGAAAUUAAAACAUCGACAUCCUUUUCAUGGGAGGACGUGGACCGCCUACUUGUACCAGCCAAUCGGGAGCAUCUGCCUCUGGACAAGCAGCUGCAGCAGCUACUGGAGAAGUUUGACCUGACCUGUGGCAUGAAGUCCAGCCCCUCCCGCAGCAAGCGAGUCAAGCUCCUCAAGAAGACCAUCAACGACGUUCGCAACGAAAUGAGCCUAAAAAGAGUCCUACCCUCCCACCGCCACCACUGCUCUUCCUCAACAACUCCCUCCACAUCCACAUCAUCUUCAUCGGCUCCCUCCCACCCAGAGAAGGGGAAACAUAAAGAAGAGAGACCGAAGUCCAAUGGACAUUUUCCAGACGAUGACAGUGACAAGUGUCUUCCUCCCAAACUGGAGCCCUCAGACUCCAUACCCCCCCAUAUCCACUCAGACACAGACCCUGAGCCCCCCACCCUCAAACCAAUCGACGACGGCCCAGAUUUCGAUGACAAGACUCUCUCCAAGCGAGUCAAGUUUGACGCAGAGAUCCCGGACCUACUCUCCUCCACUCCACGCCUCAACGGCCACUCGCACGAUGGCCUCCAAAACUCUUUGCUGGACGGAGACGUGAGCGUGGUGGCCACGUCGACUCUCGCCGAGCCCACAGGCACAGUGAGCCGCCGGACAGCCGUGCUCUUCCGCAAGUCGAAGGCCGCCAGUUCCCACAAGCCCCAGCGGAGCAGAGACGUGGGGGGUGACGGCGUCGACAGAAAAGAAGGCCAGGAGGAGGAGGGGGAAGACGAAGACGGCGCGCAGCUGGGUUCCCAAUCCUUCCUGUCAGUGGUCAUACCCAGGCUGGAGACGCUGCUGCACGGAAAGAAGAGGAAGCGAAGCGGCAGCGGAGACAGCGAGGAGGAGGAGGAGGGGGGAGAAGAGGGGGAGCAUGAAGAGGAGGGGGAGUCUCCCAUGAAACGGCUCGACACUGGUCUGUCGAGUGGUUUCCUGGAGGUGGAGGAGGAGAAGGAGCUAGAAGAACCCAGUCGAACCAGCAGACCUGUGGAGCCACGAAGACGCUGUGCCUCUGAGUCCUCCAUCUCCUCGUGUAGCAGCUUGCCAGGAAGCACCAGCACCAUUCUCAGUCUUCCAAAAUGUGGGAAGGGAAAACCUGCCUUGGUCCGGAGAAACACUGUGGACGAUAAGAGCGAAUUAAUCGCCUGCAUCGAAACCGGGAACUUUGCAAAGGCAGCACGAAUCGCUGCUGAUCAUCGACCCCCACAUGCCGCGAGUGGGCUGCCAGCACAACGGGGUGUCCAUCCCCAUGCCCCCCAUGGACGUGCUCCGCAUCGGCGAGCAGAUGCAGUACAAAGCCGAAGAGAAACUCUACCUCGUCCUCUUCUUCGACAACAAGCGCAGCUGGCAGUGGCUUCCCAGAUCCAAGAUGGUUCCUCUGGGGAUGGACAAGACCAUCGACAAGAUCAAAAUGAUGGAGGGACGCACGUCCAGCAUCCGCAAGGCGGUCCAGAUCGCCUACAGCCGCGCCAUGAACCACCUGAGCAUCGUGCAGGACGAGCCAGUCAGCGACCUCAGCGACGUGGACUGAUGACGCUAGCUUGGCCUGCCUCACCCCUCACACACACACAUGCAAACUUGUACCUCUCCUCUACCAAAUACCCUCCCCUCCCCUCCACCCCUCUCUCUCUCUCUGUCUCUGCAGGAGACUCAAAUGUUUACUGGGCACCUGCUUUAACAGGUGGUGUCUGCUCCUCCAUUCCUACUCGUACACACUCCCCCUACCAUGUGCCGAUGGGAUACGGCUGCUGCUGAAAUGAAUGUGUCUAUCUGUCCUCUCCACCUCCAGGCUUGUAACUGUGCUCAGAGAC